UGAAUAGUUAAAAGAUACAAUUAUACAAGAUUUAGAGAAGAAAAAGAUGAUUUCAAGAUAUUUUAAGAGAAAAAUACAUAAACUUGGAACAUACAAGACAUAUAGUGUCAAGGAAGUCAUAGAGAAACAAAUAAAUCCGGAUCAAAUAAUAACAGUUUAUGGAUGGAUAAGAUCAUUAAGAAAAAUGAAAAAUGUAACAUUUGCGCUUAUCAAUGAUGGAACAACAGGGAAAACUAUGCAGGCAGUACUUAGAUCAGAUCAAGGGAAAGGAUUAUCAACAGGUAGCAGUGUAAAACUAACAGGAUUAUAUACAACAACACAGAAUGGAUUUAAGGAAAAACAGGAAUAUGAGCUUCAUGUUAAUGAUCUACAGAUUUGUGGAUACGCAGAUCCAUCAUCUUAUCCAUUGCAAAAGAAACAUCAUGAUGUAAAGUAUCUUAGAGAGAAGGCACAUCUUCGAUUACGUACGGAGUCCAUGUGUAGAUUGUUACGGUUAAGAUCCUUUUUAAUAUCAAUUAUAUCAACAUUUUUUUCCAACAAAGAUUAUAUUCAAACACAUCCUCCCAUUUUAACAUCAUCAGAUUGUGAGGGUUCUGGGAAAAUAUUUGAAGUAAAGAGUUCAAAUGAAUCAAAUAAUUUCUUUAAGAAAAAUAUUUAUUUAACAGUUUCUACACAAUUACAUUUAGAAGCAUUAUCACAUUCAUUAUCAAAAGUAUGGUCUUUAAGCCCAAUAUUUAGAGCAGAAAAAAGUCGUACAUCAAAACAUUUAGCAGAAUUUUAUAUGUUAGAAGCGGAAAUUUCUUUUAUCAAUGAUAUUGAAGAUUUAAUGUCAAUUUUAGAACAAAUGAUUCAUGAUUUAGUAAAAAACUUAAUGAAUAGCCCCAUUGGCAAUGAAAUACUCUCUGAAAAUCACAAGAUAAAUAAAAAAGAUCGAAUUGAUAUUGAAAAUCGCUGGAAUUUCUUUUUAAAAGAUCAUUGGACUAGAAUGACAUAUGCAGAAGCAAUUGACGCUCUAAAAAACUCUUCUGUUCACUUCAAAUUCCCUCCAAAAUAUGGUCAUGAUUUACAAGCUGAACAUGAAAAAUGGCUAGCUGAAAAUUAUACACAUACUCCUCUUUUUGUCAUAAAUUAUCCAAAACAAUUAAAGCCUUUUUACAUGCGUCUUAACAACGACUCACUAAAACAUCCGGAUCAUGACACUGUCUCUUGUUUUGAUCUUCUUCUACCACAAAUUGGUGAAUUGGCUGGCGGUAGUCUACGAGAAGAACGUAUAGAUAUACUUAAACAAUCCAUUGUCACUCAUAAAAAACAUUUAUCUGAUCUAUCUUGGUAUAUUGAUCUCAGACGUUGGGGAACAACAAAACAUGGAGGUUUUGGUCUUGGUUUUGACCGUUUCUUAGCAUAUUUGGCUGGUAUAAAAAACAUAAAAGAUACUGUCGCCUUUCCAAGAUGGUACCAACAUUGCAACUUUUAACAACAAUAAAACAAUUCAUAUUUACUCUCAAAAACAUUCUUUUAC